CACACAGCUUUUGGUGGCUUUAUAAAAUUUUCAUAACUAUGGAAUUGCAACCAGUUGUGACCAAUCCAAAGAAUUACAAUGCAAGCCAGUCUACCAUCUGGCCAGUCCUUCAGUUAAAGAAUCUCUAAGUGUUAAUUUUGACAUUUCAUUUCACAAGAAACUACACUAAAGUAUUGACGCGGUUUAACUGCCCUGUUGACAGUCUUGUUUGACUGAUAGCUGUCGCUUUAAGAAUAUCAAAGUAUUACGUCGGUCCCUUGAGUAAAUAAUUCUGACCAAUCUGAAGCAGUGAUGCAAAUCAAGAGCGAUUAUCUUGUCAUUUGGCGGUUGUUGAUCAAACAUUAAUACUUGGGUUGAUUAUCACUCAAGCAUCACAGGACGUAACCGCCUUAUGCUCGUUGUCUUCGACGUCUUCCUGGAAUUUCAGAGCAAAAGCUACAAUGUCUCUUACAAAACUGAAAGAAAAAAUGACCAAAUUAAAAGACGAUACUGAGCAAGCAGAAGAGAGAGAGGCUGACGCAAAAUCUUUGCUGAAAGAUACAAAUGAAAAGGCUGAAAGAGACCAGAACGAGGCCGAAGGAUUAAAGCGAAGGAUUACGCUGCUAAAAGCUGAUCUUGCGAAGACAACAGAGCGCUUGGAAGAGGCGGAGGGAAAACUAGGCGAGAUCACCCAGAAAGGCGAAAACGAAGAGAUGGUUCGUAAAGAAUUGGAGGAGGUUGAAGUGGAGGGGGACGAGAAAAUCAGCAUGUUGGAAGAAAGCUGUGUCGAAGCCGCCAAGGAAAGGGAGGAAAAGGUUCACCUCCUGAACGAAGCCACGCGCCGUAUGGUGGUAAUCAAACGCGAUCUGCAGACUGCAAAAGAGAAAGAAGAAAAACAUUUAGAUACAUACGAAAAAUUGAAGGAUACCUUGAGAAAUUUCACCGAACAAACUAAGGAACUGGAGGAAUUAGACGAAGAGGCUAGCGGGAAGGAGCAGCUAAACGAAGAAAAGAUGAGGUUUCUGAAGGAACAAGUUAAAGAAGCCAACGGUAGAGCAGAAGUAGCCGAGAGGGAAGUUUCCAAACUUGAGCGGCUAAAGGAGGAAACGACCUCUGAAAUAAAAAAUUGGGGUGGAAAGAUAAAAGAAAUAAUGCAGGAGAUGGACGACAUUACAUGUUUGGACGACGAAAUGUGAAUUUUUACGUACGUGAGUCUGUAUUCAGUUUGAACGAAGUCUUUUGGUACUUGAUUAACACCCAGCUGAACUGACUUGUGAGGAGAAUUUUUAUGUAAUCAGGCGCAGUCAUGGAGUCCAUCCCUUUAGUUUUCAUUCUCUAUCGUAAAAUGUCUCCGAAAUUUUCAUUAAGGCAUUUAUGCAAAUAUAAAAAAAGCUAAAUGUAAUCCAUUUGGCUUAUUUACUCAUUCGAGGUGUUGAUUUUCCAGCUUCUCAAGGAAACAACGAAAUGUUUUGUUUUCCGCUCUCCCGCAGUGCAGGUUAAGACCACUUAUUGUUACAUGAUACUUAAACGUCGGAAUAGUUUGUAUUUCUUAUAUUUCUUUCGUGUGCAUUUGUAUUCAAUUGGCCAUUUUGUUUAUCUUAGUCAGAAUAAUUAACGACCUGAAAUUAAAAUUUUUUAUUUAAAUAAUCGGAACACUGUUUCUUUUAACUGCUCCUGGGACUAUGUCGUUAUUUUACGUGAUAACCUCUGAGUAACACUGUUUUCUAUGCUUAGGUUUCAUGGUAAUUUGCGGUCAUGCUGUGAGGGUUCCGAUGUUGUAUGAUGACCACUCACAUGGACAAAUUUCCUAUAUUUGAACCUGGCUAGAUCUAUUAUGUCUCGUAUGCUAUUUCGUAACUAAAUAACGGGAAAUGUUCGGAAUUUCUACCUGAAUCAAAAAGACAAUUUAGUAUUUUAGGGAAAUAUAUUGCGUGUGAUAGCUGCAGUAAAAAAUCACACCGCGGAUUUUGUCGUCUCCUGUCCUGAUCGAACGUCGGCUUGAAGUCUGUCACGCAAUUCAGCGGGUGAACUGAACUCAUCAUUAGGCCUAUCCAAUAUUUUUAGAUAGUGGUGUAGAUAAACGAUUGUAUGAAUAAAUUCGCAAAAUAGAGAUAAGA